AUGCCAUUCAAAUUAGUGAAUUCAUUAAAUGCACAUACAUUGUCAAUUUCAUUAGAACAAAAAUUUGGUUUUGGGCUCUAUGGAUCUAUCAACUCAAGCAUUAGCCUCUUCCAUCUUGUUCAUCUCCAGAGGCUCAACCUUGGUCACAAUAACUUCAAUUACUCUCAAAUUCCUACUACCGUUGGGAACUUUCCACAGCUGACGUACCUCAAACUCUCUGCCUCUGUCUUUUUUGGUGAAAUCCCAUCCCAGCUUUCACAGUUGUCCAAGUUGUCAUCCCUUGAUCUAUCUCUCAAUCUGGAUGCAUUUCUUAGAGAAUCCGAUUUGAGAAGCCUCAUUAGAAACUUAAUCACUCUAGAAAAGCUUCACCUCAGUUUCAUUAACAUAUCUUCAACAAUACACGAUUCUAUAGCAAAUUUAUCAUUUUUGACAUCUCUCCUCCUCGAAGAUUGUGGCUUGUUUGGAAAAUUUCCGGCAAGAAUUUUUGAGUUGGAAGACCUUGAAACUCUUGAUGUGAGAUAUAACCAAGAUAUCACUGGUUAUUUGCCUGAGUUUAAUCGAAGCAGUCGUCUCGUGUCCCAGAAGUUUGGCGACAGUUGCAUUUCAGGAAACUUGUCUUCAAUCAGGAACCUUGAUUCAUUACAGGAACUGGAUGCUAGGGCAUGCAACUUCAGUGGUCCAAUCCCUGAUUGGUUUGCUAACCUUACCCAACUGACAUAUUUGUCACUUUCUGAUAACAAUUUCAGUGGCGGUCCCUUGUCUUGGAUCGGGAAGCAAAACAAACUUACUUAUCUAGACCUUGAAAACAUCAAUCUAAGUGGCUACAUCCCGUCUUCUCUUAGAAACCUCACACAGCUCUUUCAUCUUCAUCUUCGUUGGAAUCAACUAACUGGUCCAAUCCCAUCUUUGCUGGGUAAUCUUAGCAGGCUAGCUUACAUAGAUCUUACCUUUAAUAAAUUGCGUAGUUCAAUUCCUGAGUCAAUAUUCAAUCUUAUGGAUCUCCAAAUCCUUUCUCUAGGGAGUAAUAGUCUGCAUGGUACAGUGGAGAUUCUUAAGUUGAUAACAAACUGGAAGUGCUCACUGAAUCUAGAACUAUGA